AUGGCUGUGGAGCCCCAGGGCGGGCGCUGCACCCCAUCCAGAGGACAGCGUGUGGCCCUGGUGCUGCGGGGAGCAGCUCUGGGCAGCUGCUGCUGCGCCGAGGAGCCAUCCUGGGACCCACCCCGUGGGGCACAGCUGAGCAACUUGCUGGCUGAGGACGGGGAGUGGUGGCUUGUGGCAUCUGAGGUGUCUGGCAAGGAGUGCCAUGUCCCCAGCAGCUGUGUGGCCAAGGUCAGGCACAGGUGGCUGUAUGAGGGUGUCAGCCGGCAGAAGGCGGAGGAGCUGCUGCUCUGGCCAGGCAGCAGCAGUGGGUCCUUCCUGAUACGGGAAAGCCAGACUAGGCAAGGCUGCUACUCGCUGUCAGUGCGCCACAGCGAGCAUGCCUCCUGGGACUCAGUGACACACUACCGCAUCCACCGCCUGGAGAAUGGCUGGCUCUACAUCUCACCCCGGCUCACUUUCCCCAGCCUGCACGACCUGGUGGACCACUACUCCGAGUUUGGAGAGGGGCUGUGCUGCCCCCUCAGGGAGCCCUGUUCCAUGGAAGGGGUGAGGGUGACCCCAGUCCCUGCCGUGCCCACUGUUGUGAAGAAGCCAUCACUCAACUGGGACAAGAUCGACAGCUCCCUCCUGUUCUCGGAGGCUGCAUCCCCACCAGAGGAGGACUCUCCCAUCAGCCUGGGCCUGCGGGAAGCCAUCAGCUCCUACCUCCUCCUGACAGAGACAGCUGCCCCGGAGGAGGGCCCCACGGGGAAAGGGGCAAAGAGCAGCUGA